CGAUAAAAGGAAAUUGUCUUCUCAAGUUAAAGCAUUUAUAAAAACCUCAAAAUUUAAGUUUGGAAAUCUUUGUCGAAAUGGCUUCUGCAGGCAAAAAGGGCAAAAAGAACAAAGGUACAGUUAUAUCUUUACAAUCCUUCCUCUCUAAUGCUGACACACCUGUUGGAACUACACAAGUCUCAAAGAAAUUGCGAAAUUUGGAUGGCGAAGACAGCGAUGACGGUAGUAAUACAUUGCCAUUAGUUUAUCAGCUCCCUACUGCGCCUAGGGCAAAUCGGAUAUUUGAUGAUAAUUCCAUUCCCCAUAAACCCCCAUUUAUUGCGUAUAUUAAUAAUUUGCCAUUUGAUGCAAAUGAAGACGACCUAUAUGAAUUUUUUGGAAGUAUUAAUUUGAUUUCAUUGAGACUGCCACGUGAAGAUGGUGAAAACGGUAGAUCAAGGGGAUUUGGCUAUGUCGAGCUAGACAAUAGAGAUGAUUUAAUUUAUGUACUGAGCUUACCGGAUCCAUCCAUUAAAGGCCGUCGCAUUCGCAUUGAACUAUCAAACGAAAACGAUCAGCAAAAUCGGCAGAAAAACAAUCGACGUUUUGAUGGCUUCGGAAGUAGUGGAGAAAACAGAGACUCUGGAAAUUGGAGACGAGAUAGUCAAAAUAAUGGUAGUAGUUUUGGCUAUUCUAACUAUGAACGAAGCUUUAAUAGAGAAAGAAAGGUUUUACCGGAAAGAGAUGAAACUAACACACCAGGCUCUUGGCGCACCUGCGCGAAACCACAAUCAAUUGAUUCUUCUCCAACCCGAAGAGAAGAUCUAUUAUCUGACAAAUAUCGCGAAAGUCGUGGAAGAAAUGUAGAAAGAUAUUCACGAGAAGACAACUCAAAACUCGAAGAACGACCAAAAUUAAAUUUAAAACCACGGACUUUGCCACUACCACAUGUGACGAAAACGGAACUUGAAAAAUCUGUUGAGCAUACAAAAAUAGGUAAACAAAGCGGAAAUUUCUCGUUAAAUGUGUUUGGAUCCGCAAAACCGGUUGAUACAGCGGCAAGAGAAUUGGAGAUAACAGAACGAUUAGCCCUCGCUCGAAAACAGGAUACAAGCAGCUUAGAAGAGCUAUGUGGAAAACUUACAGAAGUCGAAAUGGAUAAGAAUGAUAAUGAAAGUUCAAACGAAUCAGUUAGCUGGCGUCGCAAUCAAGACAGUAGGGAUGAAGACAAAGCCCAUAUAAUUAAUGAUGAGCAUCGUGAAGAACGAGUUACCAAUAGUAAAUGGAAGGAGUCUCAGACCCAAAGCGACAGGUAAAUGUACAGUACUAUUCAACCGAAGCUUUGGACAAAAAUAAAACUUUUAUGAUUUUCGAACUCCCCAAUAUUCAUCGCGCUUUUAUAAU